CCAGUCAAAAAAGUUUCGAGCGCCCCCCUAGAGCUGUGAAGGCGGGACUAACUCGGACGUGCGCAAUCAUCUUCGCCAGGUUCCACAACGGACUGCCUCUGCCUCCAAUGAAAUAUCGGCAAGGCGAGAAAGACGGGCACCGGGGCCAAUUGCUGAAGAGCGGGCGUGUCCGGCUCCCCUCCUUCAGUUUAAGUGAGGGCGGAAGAUGGCGGCGGCGGCCGGGAUGGGUCCGGGGGUCCCGGACGGGGAACCCGAGGGUUCAAACCGCGACCGCAGCGCUUUCGAAUGCAAUAUCUGCCUGGAGCCUGCCAGAGAAGCUGUCAUUGGGCUCUGCGGCCACCUGUACUGCUGGCCGUGUCUUCACCAGUGGCUAGAAACUCGGCCAGAGCGCCAGGAGUGUCCUGUGUGCAAGGCAGGAAUCAGCCGGGACAAAGUCAUCCCUCUCUAUGGACGUGGAAGCUCCGCCCAGGAGGAUCCCAGGUUGAAGACCCCUCCUCGGCCACGAGGGCAGCGCCCAGAGCCAGAGUCCCGAGGGGGCAUGGGCGCCUUUCCCGACGCGGCCACUGGCUUCCACAUGGCAUUUGGCAUUGGCGCGUUCCCCUUUGGGUUUUUUGCCACUGGCUACAGUACCCCAGGAGAAAGGGCAGACGCAGAAGCUGCCCGCCCAUCCAGCUGGCAGGAUUCGCUCUUCCUCUUCAUUGCCAUCUUCUUUUUCUUUUGGCUGCUUAGUGUCUGACCGGCUGGACUCCGCUGGACUUGCCCUGUACUAAAAAAAAGAAGUCUAUCAGAACAGGAUAGAAGGACUUUCAAACUAUGGGGAGGGGAAGGGGCAGCUGCGGGGAGGAGGGUGGAAUCAUUUCCUGCCUGCGCCCAGGCGAGGCAGGAGGGGGCUGACCUGCAGGGUGGAGGGCAAGGUGGCAGAGCCGGGGCCUGGCGUUUCCCCCUCCUCAACCUCCCUCCUUGAUCCCCCUACGCAGAAUUAAAAGUAUAAUAGGGUGACUUGGGGAGCUGAUGAUGCAAAAGAGGUGUAUAUUUGUGUUCAAAGUGUAUCUGUGUGUAUCUGGGGGGGGGGAGGUAGGGAAAGUCGUAAUUAUCAAGGUGUUUUAAUUGUUUCCUCUUAAUCGCCCUUGACUGAAGCUUUCCAAAGUUUGCCUGAAUUGCAGGUGGGUUGUGUUAAAAAAAAUAAUUGAGAAGAUGUAGAAGAAGGUAGCCGUCAGGAGCUGUGGGGCCCGGGAGCCAAAUCCGGCCUGUCAGUCCUCUGCUUCCCCCCUCCCCAUGAUAUUUUGCUCACCUGCGUUCUCCCUCCUCACAGGCCAGAGGGGUUUGGGGUGGGGGCUAUCGCUUACUCAAUAGCAUUAGUGGGACAAAAUCCCACAUUUGCAGCCAGACCACCCUCUUUUAACGGCUUAAAUGCAUCUCUUGGCAACUAGGCCUCAAACAACGACAACAAAAUCGAGAUUCGUUCCUACCUGUAAUCUUACAAUGGCAUGAAAUGCUACGAAGUGGGGGAAAGGGGGCGUUUUUAGGAGGGGAAGAGAGCUGUGGUCUCCUUCCCUCUUUUCUUUAUAGGGGCAAAAAGCCCACCGCACCCACCUGCCUCAGCAGGUGUUGCGGUAGGGGGAGCAGAGGCAAGAAAAGUAGGGCAGCGGGUGAUGAAAGCAGGAGGUGGUCUAUGGCAAUGGAGGGCGCCACAGGAAAAACAUCUGGGCUUCUAUCUCUUCCCCCCCCCCCGCAUUCCUGUGGCCAACCACUGGUAGGGAAAUGGGCCUCAGGUGUGUUAAUUUAAUUGGUCACAAACAAGCUCCUUGUGGUUAGUUUUAUAUAUAACAACAAUAAUUAUGUCCCGUCCCACCCCUUUAAAAAAAUUGACUUCCAGAGAUGUAAGAAGCCAUGUGCUUUUACAGACUGUUUUAUUUUCUAGGCUGGUGACGAAGGACUAGUCAACCGGCUGUAUUUCUCUCUCCCCCUGGUGCCCUCCCCUCAAUCUUCCGAGGGCGUAUGGUACAGUCAGUGCUGGCGGGAUUUGUUACUGCUUGGGUUGGGAUUGGGGGUGGGAAUAGCCUUGGCUGGACUAACAGUAUUUAAUUGCCCAGAAAUCUUUGGGGGGGGGAUGGACUCACCCACCCACUUCCCUUUCUUCCCAUGUGGGUGACAAGAGGGAAGAUGUGAUGUAAAUUAACCGAUGCUGUAAUUAAAUUAACCUGUGAUUCAUAUCC